AUGGACUUUCAUGAGUUCCCAUUAGCUUUCACAGAUAAGAUCCUCACAAUGAAACAGAAGAAUCAAACUGUGUUCACAGAAUUUUAUCUCCUCGGUUUCUCAUUGUCCACCCAAGCCUCAUAUUGCCUAUUUGCCAUAGUAUUAAUCAUUUAUAUUGUGACCGUGGCAGCCAAUAUUUUUAUCAUAGUAAUUGUUAUUACCGAUCAACAUCUCCACAAGCCCAUGUACUUCUUCAUUGGCGGGCUGUCCUUUAUAGAGAUCUGGUACCCGUCUGUCACAGUUCCUAGGCUACUGUGGUUCCUAUUGACCAGAGAAAAAUCCAUUUCUAUCGUUGGGUGCAUGGCUCAGUUUUAUUUCCACUUUUCUCUAGGCACCACAGAAAGCUUCCUCCUCACCGUUAUGUCUUAUGACCGAUAUGUGGCUAUUUGCAAACCUUUGCAUUAUGUGACUAUAUUGAAUUCUAAGACUUCUGUAAGAUUGUUAUUGGGUUGCUGGGCUGGUGGUUUCUUUAUCAUUGUUAUUUUAUGCUUACAGGUCUCAAAUCUUUCCUUCUGUGCCGAGAAUGUCCUUGACCACUAUUACUGUGAUUUUGCACCACUUAUAAAGCUGUCUUGCUCAGAUACCUGGGGCCUAGAAAUUCUAUUUUUUGUAUCUGCUUGUUUUAUUAUUUUGGGUUGUUUUCUACUCAUUGUAAUUUCUUACAUCUAUAUAAUCCAAACGACUAUGUCCUUCCCCACUUCUAUUGGAAGAUACAAGACUUUUUCGACAUGCGCCUCUCAUCUGAUUGUGGUUUGCCUUUUCUACCUGACCAAUAUCUUCAUGUUUGUUCGAACUAACACUGGAUACUUUUUGCAUCUGAAUAAAACAGUGUCGAUCAUUCCAUCAGUGGUGACCCCACUCCUGAACCCCAUUAUCUACACCCUGCGAAACAAGGAGGUAAAAAAAGCUGUGAAGAAAACCAUACAGAAAGCCACUCAUAAAAAAUAA